CGUCGCGUCCCGUCCCCCCCUCUCUCCCCUCCGCCGUCGUCGAGCCGUCGACGAUGACGCACAGCAGCAGCCACCACCACCACCACCACGCGCUCUGCUGCCUCUCCUCCGCGCCGCCGCAGCCCGAAGCGCCGCCCACGCCGGCGCCCGAGCCCGCCGCGGCCACCGCUGCGCCGGGGCCGGGGUCGGUGGCGGUGGCCGGCGUGCUGCACAAGUGGACCAACUACGGCCGCGGGUGGCGGGAGCGCUGGUUCUCGCUCCGCGACGGGGUGCUCUCCUACUCCAAGAUUCGGACCGACGCGGGGGGCGGGGAGGCGGCGGCGGCGGCGGGACGGAUCGCCGACGACGGGGAGGUCAGGCUGAUCGGCGGCGCGUCCGCGAGGAUCGCUGGGGGGCGCCGCCCGGAGAAGCCCGUCGGAGUCGUGUGCCUCAAGGUGUCCGCAUUUCGGGAGAGCAAGUCCGACGACAGGAGAUUCUACAUAUUUUCUCCCACAAAGACACUUCAUUUGAAGACAGAUUCGAAAGAUGACCGCGUCGCUUGGAUCGAGGCCUUGAUAUUGGCGAGGAGUGUUUAUUCGCUCAGGUCACUCAGUGGAAGGAUAACUUUUGUGCAGAGUGAUGUUUCAGUUUCCACCACAAGGCUUCGAAAUCGGAUGCGCCAGGAGGGUUUAAACGAGAGUCUUGUACAGGACUGCGAACAGAUUAUGCUUUCGGAGUUUUCAAGCUACCGAAAGCAACUGAAGCUACGCUACGAGGAUCAUCUAAGCUUGUUUGGAUCCAGCAGACACCAUUUUGAGGAAGGUAAAGAUGGAAAUAUAAUACAGGGGGCGUUGACAAAAAAUGAAUUUUCUAGUUCCCGACAUGGAAAUUUUAGUGAAUACAGCACAACAGAAUCUGAUGAAUUUGAGAAGCAAGAUGGUGGUGAAUUGACUUGUGAAGAGGACUCUACAUUCUUUGAUGCUGCAGACUACUUCACUGAAUCAAACAGCAGAUCUUCAACAAUGUCAGGUUCCACAGAUUGUGGUGUACACAGUGCUACUAACAUAGAAAACCAAGGUGGCCAGGAAGUUGUGGAUAUCCAAAUUCAAGAUUCUAACAACAUGCUACCUGAAAUCAAACGACGGAGUAAACUACCAGAACCUACUGAGAAAGAGAAAGGGAUCAGCCUUUGGUCCAUUAUCAAAGAUAGUGUUGGCAAGGAUUUGACACGAGUAUGCCUUCCAGUUUACUUCAACGAGCCACUUUCAUCCCUUCAAAAGUGCUUUGAAGAUUUCGAAUAUUCCUACCUUCUGGAUCAAGCCUAUGAAUAUGGAAAAGUGGGGAAUGGCCUCAUGAGAAUCCUGAAAGUAGCUGCUUUUGCAAUCUCUGGCUAUGCUUCAUCUGUCGCGAGACCUUGCAAACCAUUCAAUCCAUUGUUAGGAGAGACUUAUGAAGCUGAUUUUCCUGAUAGAAGGAUACGCUUUUUUGCCGAGAAGGUUAGUCAUCAUCCGAUGCUGAUUGCCUGCCAUUCUGAAGGCAAGGGCUGGAAAUUCUGGGGCGACAGCAAUCUAAAAUCUAAGUUCUGGGGGCAGUCAAUUCAAGUUGAUCCUGUUGGCGUUUUGACAGUGGAAUUUGAUGAUGGUGAAAUCUUCAAGUGGAGUAAGGUGACAACAACUAUUAAUAACCUCAUUCUUGGGAAGCUGUACUGCAGCCAUCAUGGAAUCAUGCACAUAAAAGGGAAUCGACAGUAUUCAUGUAAACUCAAGUUCAAAGAGCCAUCACUGCUUGACCGCAAUACUCACCUAGUACAAGGCUUCGUGGAAGACAAUGAUGGAAAGAAGGCUUCAUUUUUAAUAGGAAAAUGGGACGAAAGUAUGUACUAUAGUAAUUUAGAUACUUCCAAGGUCAAGAGCGCCGAUCAAUUGCAAGGUGCCUCCCUACUUUGGGAAAAGAACAAACCUUCUCCCAACCCAACUCGUUACAAUCUAUCUUCUUUUGCGAUCACAUUGAAUGAGCUGACCCCAGAGCUUCAGGAGAAACUCCCCCCUACCGAUUCACGUCUGAGACCAGACCAGCGGCAUUUAGAGAAUGGCGAAUAUGAGAAGGCAAAUACAGAGAAGUUGAGGUUGGAACGGCGGCAAAGAAUGUCGACUAAACUUCAAGACAAUGGUUGGAAGGCUCGAUGGUUCGAGCAGGACGCUGAAGACGGGACAUAUCAUUACAAAGGUGGGUACUGGGAAGCAAGGGACCAAGGACGUUGGGAUGGAUGCCUCGACAUAUUCGGGGAGUUUUCAGAAAUGUGAACGACCGGCGUUGCAGCAACACUUGGUUCAUCCACCCCAACUGCAACGCGAUGAUCCUCGUUGGAGCAGCAUUGUGCCCGAAAGCAUCAUCGGGUUCAGGAAGAAGAGGAGAGAGGAAUGCAAUGCAGUGGAUAUAGAGGCAUUGAAGAAGAAGGCCUUGCCGUCUUGAAUGGUAGAUAGACAUGGAUGGCGAUGGUCUCCGGCCCUUUAUUAGUAGUACCUAAAUAAUAAUGCAGCCAUUCUUUCGUUCGUUUGUGUUGGAUGCUUGUUGUUCAUUAGUCUUUUCCAUGUGGGAUUGGCUGGUGAAGCAACUCUUAUCUGGAUGUUCCGUAGAUCGUAGCGUCAUUUGUAGAAAGAAAUAGAGGAUAAGUUUACAAAAAAAUACCAUAGAGUGGAUAGAUAAUGGCAUAAGCUCGGCAAAGAAAAUCUCAUUCGUUGCUUUGCUGAAA